AUGAGGGACGAGUGUGGUUUUGACAGAGCUUUCCCCUGGUGGGAUGAAACUCUUGAUGCUGGUAACUUUUCUAGCUCUUCCAUCUUCACGCCCGAUUUCUUCGGGUCACUGCGGACGUCUACCAACCACCAGUAUAUCUGUGUUACCGACGGCUACUUUGCCAACGCGGUUGGUCACAUUGGACCGGGGUCGGAUUUCCAAGACCACUGUCUCUCCCGCGCCGUUGAUGAGUCCCUGACAGCCCAGUGCAAUGAGGAUUUUGUCAAUAUCUGCAAUUCACGAGACAACUAUUCCGAUAUAGAGAACUGUGCCGAGCUCGGCCCUCAUGCAUACGGUCAUAAUGGGGUCGGUUCCGUCAUGGCCGAUACGUCCUCGUCACCACAGGAUCCUACUUUCUUCCUUCACCAUCUUUUCGUCGACCGCAACUUCUGGCUGUGGCAAAACGGCGACGCUUCGCGCAAGACCAAGAUCAACGGCUGUAUCGACAACAGCAGUCCCUGCACACCUUUGACGCUGGAUACUGUUAUUGAUGUGCAAGGGCUGAGACCCAAUGUCACGGUCAGAGAUGUUAUUGAUAAACAGAACGGCGUCAUGUGUUACUACUACACGUACUAA